CCUCAGAACGGAGCUUUGGGUCAUAAAUAUAAUUCAAGUCGGUGAAGGUGUCUGACAAAAGCAAAGUUGUAGCCAGAAAUAUUUUAGUUCUUCAUUGGGGCUCAGUGGACUUUUAAAUGUCUUGGGUUUGGACUGAUGUCUUCUCUCACCCGUUAUGGGCAGUAUCGACUGUGAUUUUGGGACUCCUCUUGCGGUCACAGCAGAGAGGGUCCUGGGACACCCGAGCCUGUCUUGUGCAACUGAAGGGCAAGACCGCCAUAGUUACUGGAGCUAACACAGGCAUAGGGAAGUUCAUUGCCCUAGACUUUGCCCGGCGUGGAGCUCGUGUUAUCAUGGCGUGCCGGAGCGAGGCGCGCGGUAGUGCCGCCAUGCAGGAAAUCCGGAAGAGGAGCGGAAACACCAACGUGCACCUGCGCCUGGUGGACACCUCGUCCCUGGCGUCUGUGAGGGCGUUUGUAGAGGGCAUCCUGCGAGAGGAGAAGGAGCUCCACAUCCUGGUCAACAACGCUGGGGCUUCAGGUCUGCCUGGAGAUAUCACCUCCGAUGGUCUAGAGGUGUCCUUCGCUACCAAUCAUGUGGGUCCUUUCCUCCUCACCAGCCUGCUUUUGGACCUGCUAAAGCGAUCGGCGCCGGCGCGCAUCGUCAACGUGUCAUCUAUGAACCACUGGAGGGGCGUGGUCGACUUUUCACACUUCAAGGGCGAGAACCUGGCCUAUACCAUGGACAGCGUGUACAACCACACCAAGCUGCACAACAUCAUCUGCACUAACGAGCUGGCACGAAGGCUACAAGGCACAGGGGUGACAGCUAACUCCCUCCACCCUGGGGUGGUGAUGACAGAAGUGAUGAGACACUAUAACUUCCUGGUUCGGUUCCUAUUCAACCUGAUUGGAAUCUUUUUCUUCAAGUCUUCUGAAGAAGGGGCAGUGAGCACCAUCUACUGUGCUGUCGCCGAGGAGAUGGAGGGAAUAACAGGAAAGUACAUUGACAGCGACUGUUCCCUGGUUCUCCCCGCCCACCUGGCCAGAGACCCUGCCCUCGCAGUCAAGGACUUUGAGUUCUGCGAGAGAUUGACAUCCAAGCUCUGAAUAAUUACCAGAGGGUGAGAGAGAAAGAUAUGGAGAGAGAGAGAGAAAGAGAGAGGCUAGUUUGCAGUGGGGUCAAAUUCCUUUUGAACUCCAUUUACCCUUGUUAUUAUGAAGGAUUAAUAAAGAAUGCAGGGUCAAAUAUGUCUAUAAAUUCUGUUUCUAUCUUAAGUGUAUUAUUCAAUAACAGACUUUAUAAAAACACAGUUGAAGUUGGAAGUUUACAUACACUUAGGUUGGAGUCAUUAAAACUAAUUUUUCAACCACUCCACAAA